AUACUGUCGGUAUCAAAUCUCACAGUCUUAUUUCAGUCUUCACUUCUGCAACACUGCGAUAUUAAAGUAUUAUAAAACAUACAAUCAUCAAUAAUUAUUCUGUAAUUCUAAAAGCUUUACAACGUAUAUAUUUAUACAAACAUGUCGAACACUAUAUCCGAGAACGAGACAUUGUCUUCAUCGUCUGCGGUCCAGAUAUCCGAUGAACCUAAUGAAAUGAAUCCGGAAAAUGGUGGUCAGUUAGAAACAGUCUCGACUAGUCAAAAUGUAUCGGCUACGACUAUGAAACGACUUUACGGUUCGUUGCCUAAUUCAACGUUGACGGCUUUAACAACUGCAGGUAACGAGAUCGACACGGCCGCAAUCCUGCAGGAACCGACCGCCGUUGCUGCAUGCAUUACACCAAUGAAUCCUCAAAAUAGUCAAAAGAAAGAAGAAGGAAGAAAAGAAGAAGAAAAGAAAGAAAGAAAGAAGAAAGAAGAAGAAGAAAAAAUGAAGACUCGGCCAGUCAAAACGUAUCCGGCACCACUAUAACACGACCAAACGAAUCAAUGCCUAAUCUAACGGUAGCGGCUUUAACAACUGAUGGUGACACGGCCGCGAUCCUGCAGGAACCGACCGCCGUUACUGUACAGCCGGUUUCCCUUGAACCCAUUGUAUUUGACCCGACACCGAUUAAAUUGGAAAACAACGCCGGUUUACGAAAUCACGAACUUUCAAAUAUUAAUACAUCCGAAAACGAGAUUUUGUCUUCAUCUCCUGCGGUCCCGACAACCGAUGAACCAACAUCAAUGACACCGGAAAAUGGUAACGAGAUCGACACGGCCGCAAUCCUGCAGGAACCGACCGCCGUUAAUGUACAGUCGGUUUCCAUUGAACCCAUUGCAAUUGGCCCGACACCGAUUAAAUUGGAAAACAACGCCGGACUACGAAAUCAAGAACUCCCGACCGCGGAAGUCUCCUCUGAUCAGUCUGCAACAGUAUCAUACCGUGAUGGAUCGGGAGAACCGGACUUAAAGAGCCGAGAUCUCGGCGGUCUUCAGAAAAAAUUGUGGCAUUCAAUGCCGAAUAUAGCACUGCAUUACACAGAUAAGACGUCUUACGACACCAAAAUCGAGUGUACUGCUCCGAUGAAAGUUUCACACGACUCGUCAACUCGUAGCAGUAUGACUGUGACAGAACCAGAGGUAACCCAGGUUAAACUUAAACGAUGCUCGUUGUGGAAGCGGGCGAAGAAAUUCGCCCGUCGCGUAUUUUGUUGCGCUGCAUGAUAUGGUCUGCAGUACAUAGUAUAGAAAUUAAUAAACUGUAUAUUUUACAGUGUUCAAACAUGUAAGUUAUCUUAUAAAAUGUUAAAUACCUACUUGUACAGUUGUACUUGAUUUAAAUAAUUUUGUGAAUCAAAUUCUAUUAUGAAACUUAUUCGAC